AUGUCCAAAGGAAUCUUACAGGUACAUCCUCCAAUCUGUGAUUGCCCUGGGUGUCGAAUUUCGUCUCCAGUGAACCGGGGUCGCCUGGCAGAGAAGAGGACCAUCCCCCUGCCUCCAACCAGGAUCCCAAAGAAAGAGCUCACCUCCAUCUUCUCCCAUAGUGACGACAGCGAAGAGAGUGAUAAGAGCAAUGGUCAACACCCUGAAGUAAAGCAGGAGGAGGAUUUCCACAUCAGUAUCAUGAAAAGAAGGAUACACACCCACUGGGAUUUAAACAUCUCCUUCCGAGAGACCUCUUGCAGCCGUGAUAACGACCUUUCCACUAUCAUCUCCAACCUGCAUCAGAGUCGUCAGCUCGUUAUGCCAGAGACCCAGAGCCGUUGUGAAUUCAAGAGAAACAGCAUCGACGUUGGCUUGGGAGCAGCAGAUGAAAUUUUAGGCAAGAGAAGAGUAUGUUCUCCCAACAGCAGCAGUGAGUGUCCUUUAGAGAGCAAGAAAGCCAGAAGUGAGUCCCCAAAGGAAAAUUCCCACACGCCCCUGCUGGAGGACUCGGUGACUCAGAUGACCCCAGAGGAGCACUACAGGCGCAUGAUGUCAGCACUGAACGAACACGGCACGUUUGAAGAGCAGCAGCAGCAACGUCUCUACCAGCUGGCCAACAGCAUGGCAGUGCCCAGCCAUGGAGCCAGCCAUGACAGGGCCCUCAACCUGGGCACUGGGUGGCUGCUGGACACAGGGAACAUGUACACCCAGGCACUGGGUGCUGCAGAACAGCUGGUAUCACCCCCUUCUCCCCCGAUGGAGAUAUCCCACCCACCGCCUCUGCUUUCACCCCAGAAUGCACCCCAUAUUGCCCUGGGGCCCCACUUGAGACCUCCUUUCCUUGGGGUGCCUUCAGCUCUCUGCCAGACACCAGGGUACGGGUUCCUGCAGCCAGCACAAGCAGAGAUGUUUGCACGGCAGCAAGAGAUGCUACGAAAGCAAAACCUGGCCAGGUUGGAGAUGUCGGCCGAGAUCAUCCGCCAGAAGGAGCUGGAGAAUCUCCACAGGCAGAGGCUCCUGGCUGGUGACCCUCUGAGCCUGCAUCCCGGCCUGCCCCCAGACCACCCUGCCCUGCGGAACGUGCACGACAUCCCCGAGGGCCACCCGCUGCGGGAGGAGCUGUCCCGGAGGAACGCCAUGCUGGUGCUGAGACACAACAACACCCCCCUGCUCUCCCUCAACCCCAGCGUCCCCAGCAGUGCCACCCCACCCAAGGAGCAGCCCCGGCGGGGCAGCCGGAAAGCCGCCCAGCACCGCGCCGAGCCGCAGGGGCUGAGCGAGGCCAAGGAGCUGGCGGAGCCCCGGGCACGGGAUGGGGCUCCGGACUGUAACGACGAGGAGAUGAAGGACUCUGAGAGCGACGCGGAGGUCAGCGACGAGAAGCCGGAGAGCCUGAAGGCUGAGAGCAGCGGCUCAGCCGCCGAGCUCAAGGAGUGCAAAGAGACGGGCAAAGCCUGUGAAGGGGCCAAGGAGCUGGGUGAAGCAGCUGCAGGGCAAAAUGCCCCCUGCAGCUCCUCCAGUGCAGAGUCCCCCAGCCACUUGCUUGGCCCAGGCAUCAACAAAACCGAGGUGAAAUACCUCCCGCCAGCCUCCAUCCCGCCGCCUCAGCCGCUGCCCUUUGGGUUCCCCUACACCAUGAGCCCCUACUUCCAUGCAGGCACCAUGGGAGGUCUGUUUCUGGAUGGCGAGGAAAGCCCAGCGCUGGAAGACAUCAGCAAAUGGACGGUGGAGGAUGUUUGCAGCUUCGUGUCCAACUUGUCUGGCUGCACUGAGUACACUCAGGUAUUCCGAGAGCAGGCGAUUGAUGGGGAGACCCUGCCCCUCCUGACAGAAGAGCACUUACUGAACAACAUGGGGCUGAAGCUCGGGCCAGCACUGAAGAUAAGGUCACAGGUCGCCAAGAGAGUGGGCAGAGUUCUCUACAUGGCAGGUUUCCCCAUGGCCUUCCCUCUGCAGCCUCCCGGGCUGCGGCCCCCGGAGCGAGAGCUGCCCCCGGCGGAGCUGCGUCCCUCCUCCACGGGCAGCGUGGCCUCCCCGUUCAGCAGCGCCCUGCCCACCAGCCGAGCCUCCCCCAAGCAGGAGAACGGGAACUCUUCCCUCCUCACGGGCAUCAGUGACACCCCCAAACCUCCAUCCUAA